ACACCUACUUCUAGUUCUACUUCUCUUUUGUUUAUUUUAUUGUAUACCUACCUAGUUGUAGUUGUCAAGCUCCCUUUCACCAAAGCUAGAAUUUUAAGAAGUGCGCUGCAGUGAGAAAACGGAUAUGUUUUAUAUUUGAAGAUUGAUGAUAUUUUUACAAACCAAAAUGUGUGCAAUACGUAGAGUAGAUACGUAAACACCCUCCUGUUGCUAUUAAAGAGGUCCGAAAGAGUUGCAAAGAUGAUGUGGCUACGUAGUGAAAAGAGAUGUCGGCCAAGGCUGAGAUGGUGUGGCCGGGGUGGAGGGGUACAGAAGGUAGCAGCCAUCGACCACACUUCCGCCCGUGUAUCCACACACAACUCUCGUGUCAGCCGUUGCGGCAGAGUUACAAAGUGGCGUAGAAGGAGUGGCAGUCUUCUCAAAGAGACAUGCAAAGAAAAUGUUUCACCCUACCACAGUCUCAAGAAAGGGUUUUCACGUUCGAAGAAGAUUCUACUUGAAGAUAAACUAUGCUCAAAGAUUUCUGAGAAAGAUAUUCAGGAAAAUGAAGAGACAAAAGAGAAUUGGCAAGGCUGUUUGCACAAUAGCAAUUCUGGAAACUUGUAUUCAGCAAGCAACAACAACAACCAGAACUUGUCCUUGAGUCUGGUGCCAGAAUUAGCCCACCUUUUGCAUCUGAAAAGAGAUGAAGAUGUUGAGCUCGAAAGCCUAGAUUGUGCUUACGAAGACUCUGAUAUGAAACUGAAGCCCACCAAUGAAGAAGACUGCUAUGUUUUCUAUCCAGAAGAUGAAGAGAAUAACUCAUCUAAUCAGACUAGCAUGGUGUCCCAGUGCUCUACUGAUGAUGAGUGGGAAACAUUUGAUCCGUACCUGUUUAUCAAGCACCUACCUCCCCUCACCUCAGAGAUGAGAGCUAGAUGUCCAGCUCUUCCACUCAAAACCCGCAGCAGCCCUGAGUUCUCUCUUGUAUUGGACUUGGAUGAAACAUUGGUCCAUUGCAGUCUCCAAGAGCUUGAAGAUGCCUCUUUUUCAUUCCCAGUUUUGUUCCAAGAGUGCAGCUACACUGUCUUCGUCCGGACACGACCUUUCUUCCGAGAGUUUCUUGAAAGAGUUUCAGCCCUGUUUGAGGUCAUCUUGUUCACAGCUUCAAAACGAGUUUAUGCCGAUAAACUUCUGAAUCUCUUGGAUCCAUCUCGUAGAUGGAUAAAAUAUCGGCUGUUUCGUGAACAUUGUGUCUGUGUCAAUGGGAACUACAUAAAGGAUUUAUCCAUCCUGGGUCGAGACCUCUCAAAGACAAUCAUUGUGGAUAAUUCUCCACAAGCUUUUGGAUAUCAGUUGGAAAACGGCAUACCAAUUGUGAGUUGGUUUGUGGACCAGAGUGAUUCAGAACUCAUGAAACUGUUGCCUUUUUUAGAGGAUCUGGUUUAUUUGAAUGAAGAUGUCCGGCCACACAUCAGGGACAAGUAUCGUCUCUUUAGCUUUUUGCCCCCCGAUUAAAUAGUCCAGACCUCUCGCUACUCUCAGGCCUUCUAUACAUUAUUACUAAUUGAUAGCUAAACUGGUUAGUUUAAUUUUAGCUUUACCAAUUAUUGCUGUUAAAGUUGUGUUUAUUUAUUGGUUUAAAUUUUUUUUAUCAGUAUUGUCAUUAUAAAGCUUUGUAAAGUUCUGUGUUUAAAGAUAUAGAAAUAUUUUUUAUAAUAAUGUUAAGCCAUUGUUUUUAUUUUUAAUAAUGUUUAGUAAUGACAGAGUUAACAUUUUUGAACACUGCUUGCACACAAGGUUUAUAUUAUAAAAGUAGAAGAAUAGUUAUUGUAAAGUUAUUUAACUCUAUAUUGUUAAAAACUCUAUUAGAGAACCUUUUGCUUGCCGAAUGUAUUUCUUAGCCAAACUAUCUAAAGGCUGCAAGCCCAAGCCAUAUUUUAUAACACAUUUACUUAGAAGGCUUUACUAUACAAAGAAGAUGUUUACUUUUACCCUUACAAGUUUAUUUUGAAUAUGUUCUAAAUUUAUUCCAAGCUGAAAAAUUUAGACCUUACCUUUAUCUUUUUUUAAUUUUUAACAAUAUUUCCUAAGAAAAUCCAUUUUAAAUUUCCUUAACCAAAUAGUUUCAAAAAGGUUUGAAUAAUACUGUUUUUAUCUGAGAUAUCUAAUAUUCAUCUCAUAUUAUGUAGGUUUGCUGCCAUGGUUGUAUUUUAAUGUUGUUUUAGGGCUAGAUAAAAAAAAACUAUAGAGUUUAAAAAUAUAUUGUUAGUUGUAUAGAUAUUUUAAUGAUUUAAAAAAAAGUUAUAUUGAUAUAAUUUGUAUUUUUUUUCUGGACUCAUCCAGUUGUUAGGGAUAGAUAUUCAUUAUAGAGGGUGAUUAAAAAAGAAUGACCCAAUUUCAAACAGUUAUAUUUAUUUCAAAAAACGGUACACACAAACAAAUUUUUACAUCAAAUUACUCACAAAAGCAUCUAGUUUAUGAUGAUGUAUUACAAGUGUUCUAUGUGCCCUCCAUUUGAGGCUUGGACGACGUCUAGAUGGUAGGCAAAUUCAUCCCAGACUGUUCGCAAGAUGUCUUCUCAGAUAGUAGCUACUGCAUCAGUUAUCCUGAUCUUCAGCUCCUCAAUAUCACGUGCUAAGGGAGGAACAAAAACACGAUCUUUAACGUAUCCCCACACGAAAAAAUCACACGGUGUUAUCGUUAUGUCAGGGGACCGUGGAAGCCAGGAAUGCAUAGCCAAGUCUUGUGGUCCUGUGCGUCCUAUCCAACGUUGAGGCAAGUUGGUGUUGAGGAAAUGGCGUACAUCCUUGUUUCAGUGUGGUGGUGCUUCAACUUGUUGAAAGAUGAAGUUGUCAGAGUCAGGAAUUAGUUGAGGUAAUAACCAAUUUCGUAGCAUUGCUAGGUCAGAUGCACCAUUAAGACACACCUUCGUUUGUGAAACCACACAAAAAACGUUCACUUUAGGCGAAUCUCGUUCAUGCUCCACUGUUUAAUGGGGGUUUUCGGUUCCCCAUAUACAAACAUUAUGUCGAUUCACUUUACAGCUCACAUGAAAUGUGGCCUCAUCACUGAAUAUCAACCGUGGCAAAAAGGUAUCCUCCUCCAUGUUGUCUAGGACAUCAUUACAAAAGUCAACACGUCUCCUUUUGUCACCAGCACGGAGCGCUUGUACGGGUUGCAAUCGGUAUGGUCGUAAGACCAAACACCACCUUAACACGCGCCACACAGAAGUCUGAGCAACUCCAAGUUCUCGGCGCUGUGUCAACGUACGCUGGUUCAAUUAGAACUUCUCCGGAAUCUGUUGAACUGUCUCUUCAGAUGUGCGUGGUGGACCGGCACUUUUCCCCUUGCAUAAACAACUAGUAUUAACAAACUGUUUAUACCACUGACGAAUGUUCUUGGUAGAGGUGAUUCAGCACCAAAACGAAUCCGAUACGCUCGUUGAACAGUGACAAUUGAUUCAGUUUUGCUAAACUGAAGAACGCAAAAAGCCUUCUGUUGAGUGGACGCCAUAUAUUGUUUCAGACUUCCUAGACGCUCAAGGUCAGCGCUCUUGUUGACAUCUAGCGGCGAUUUUUCAAAACUCUAGACCUCUCCAGUUGUCAGUAAUGCAGUUUCGUUGGCGGUUGUGCACUAAGAUCCAUAAUAUUUUAAGUUAAAAUUGGGUCAUUCUUUUUGCAUCGCCCUUUAUAUUUUAUAUGACACGUUUUUGUUUUCUUAAUACUACUCUUCUCUUGACUUAAAUAUUUGGUAAAUGUCAUGCACAACUUUCCCAUGGUCUUUAUCUCUAAGCUUGGGCCAAAAAUCUCCUUAGCCUAAUACAGGAAUAUAUUAUUAACAAUUAUCUUAAGCUUUUUUAUACAAAUUUGUGUGAAGAACUUUUCUGUAAAACCGAGCAGAUUUAUUAAUACUUACACAUUAAAGGUAAUGAUAAUAUUUAAAUCUUAAAUGGUGAAUAAACAAACUUAACAAACAAAAGGAUCUACGCAAAAAGAAUUUCUGAUCCACAAAUAUAUUGCAAAUACAGUGUUAAACAGGAACUAGGCAAAUUUAAAACCCCCAUUAAAUUAUUUAUUACCUAAUAGUGUUAACGAAAUCUUGUCAAGUAUUAUUUAUCUUAUGGCUAAAGUAACCUUUCAAAAUGAAAACUAAAAUGUAACUGUGUAUUGCUCUAGGAAUAGAUUUAUAUUUUUGUUUUAGAUUUGCAUAAAACCACAUAUAGUUUUUGAAAAGUCUUGAUAUUCGUAUUUAAAAUGCAUUUUUUGUAGUUAUGUGAAUAAAUGUAAAACUAACUUUCUUAGUUCAUAGAAAUGUUAUCUGAAAUGAUUUUUUUCAUGGAAAUGAACAAAUAAUUGUAAAACAAUGAGGGUAGCUACUUGGCCAAUUAAGCUUACAGCAUCAAGUUGGAGAUUUUUGUGAAGCCGUUAUUUUUAAUUAAAAAUACCCCCGCCGCAGCAAACCUGCCGUCUAAGCGAAUUUCCAUUUGGCUGAAUUGAUUUUCAAUCGAUCUAUUUAAAUAACAUUAGGUUUAACGAGUACCUAGGUUUGCUGCUACAAGGAAACUAAUAAAGUGUGUGUUUUAAGUAAAAUAAUUAUUGCUUAGUAUAAAAUGAAUAUAUUUGCCAAGUUUGAUCGAAAGAUAUCCAUAAACAAGCCAACUACAACAUUUUACAAUAUUCUCCAUAAGAAUAACAUGGGAAUUUUAAAUUUACAAUUUUUUUAGUUUUCUCCGUAACCAAUAACCGUACAAAAACACUUUGAUAUACUGAAUUGUUUGUUUUUUUAAGCUCUUUAAGAAGGUUUAGAGAAAAAUUGGGAAACUUUGUGUUUUGAGGGUCAAAAGUGAGAAAAACCAAUUUUUAUCCUAUAAAACCCCCCAUAAAACCCUGUUCCCAUGGUCCGAUCAUGCUGGAUCGCGAACUCAUUCAAGUUUAUCCCGCCUUACACCUUCAAACCAAAUUUCAUCAAAAUCGGAUAAAAAUUACUCAAGUUAUCGUGUUUACGGACACAUAUAUAUAUAUAUAUAUAUAUAUAUACAUAUAUAAAAAUUUGAACGAAUGGUGUUUUUGGCCUCUGGGGACAUCAAAAUGAAAAAGUAAAUCGGUCCCGGGCCUAAGUCUUACCAUGAGACCUACGGUAAUAGCUACUUCCCUAUAGGGAAAUUCGCUAAAAAGGAAAACUACACAAUUCAUUUCUCAUUGACGAGGUACUAUAUCAAAACACUUUUUUAACAAAGCUUGUAUACCUUCAAGGUUUGAUUAAAUGGCAUCAUGAAAUGUUCAAAACUGACAUAAUACCAUUAGCAAUCCCUUUCUUAUUGAUUCCUUUCAAACACAAUUUCGUUUUAACCCAGAGAAUUGUUGUAUGAAAGACUUUUUUAACAAUAUUAAUGACUGUAUAAAUGCAAUAAACAUUUAAAAAAAGUUUUGGACAAGCUACUUAUCAAUAAGUUAUACAUAUACAUUACAUAUCAACGCUUUAUACAUUUUGUUUUUUUAAUGGCCUGUGUUCAGGGGGUCUAGGAUUGCAUUGCAAGUGCUCUCAUUUAAUUCUGUCAUAAGAGAACACUAUACAUUAUAAUACAUCAAAACAUGCUUCAUAAUUUUCCUCCUUAUGUCAUUUCUUCGCUACUUAAUGUUUGAUUACAAUUUUAAGAUUAACAUAAGUAGAUAGUGCUUUUACAACUACCUAGUAACAUAGUAUUUUAUUAGCUUUAUGCCAACAUUUUUAGUCUUUGGAAAAAUACCUCUUGCACAGCUUUCUCCCAUCCUAUUAAUUCUUUUAAUUUUAAAUUUGUUUAUCGGGAAAUCAGAAGAGUGUAUCCUUCAGAGAAAGGAAAGUAUGCUAGUGAGCUUAUUUGUACAACUGAGCCCUCAUUGGACUUGGAGUAGCACAGCCAAGCUUUAUCUGAAGACAUUUUCCCCUUCAAUCUCAGUUCUUCCCAUGUCUGUUGUGUUUAUAGUUCUCUGUAAACUUAUGUUCCUUAUAGUGUUAUGACUGUGCAGAAGGUCUCGGAAAAUGUAUGGUACUCGUAGUUAGUUCGUCGUCAUUAAGUGUUGUUAUUUUGUAAUGUUUUAGAGGGUCCGCGGAAUUGGCUAACUCUGGAACUCGCUAACCCCAUGUUAAAUGCCCUAUCUUCAAAUUUGGUCGAUGAGAGGAACUCGCUAACUUGUUCGGUUUCGGAAUUGGCUAACUCCGGAACCCGCUAACCCGCUCUAGAGCCGAGUUAGCGAAUUCCGUCCUCGUACGGAAGUCGCUAACUCGGUCCCUCGGCGGAACUCGCUAACUCCCAAUCAGAAGCCUCGCGGGCCGUCCAAUGGGAGCCAAGCACGAAUAUUUUUGGCCAGUGUUGCCGAAAGUGUAGUACCUAUAUCGUAUCGGCACCAUAAUGUCGUAUCCUACGCUUAAUUAAAAGUAAGAGCAACGUAGUCGAUAAAAUAAAUAUAUUUUGAAGUAUGUUUAACCACAGAGAAGUUCUUAUGAUUAUUAGGGUGGAAAAUGCAUUAUAGUCUUACCAUAGACUAACCAACACAAGUAAACUUUACAUCCCAUUGUAAACUUUGAAGCUCGUUUUUCGUGUCUAGUUCAUGUCCGGUGACACUGAUCACUAGUGUCGACAAAAUUGUCUUUCUAUUAUUUUAUAGUUAACUUCAUGAUUUGUUCCUUACUGUUUGGUUAUAUAACUAGGGGACGUGUUAUUAGUUGUGAUUAGAACGUUUUAUUUGGUUAAACGAGGUUUUAAUUACUGAAAACAAGAAACAAUUGUAAACAAAACACGACCUCUAAAGACAGUACACCGGACAGAACUAACAAUACAACUGUCUUCAGAUCAUCCAUAAGGAUGAGAAAUGUACUAAUAUAAGGGAGUAUGUUUUAUAUGUGGGUUUCUUACUUAAAUAGUAGCUUAUUGGUAUGAAAAAGAUAAAAAUGCACAUUUAAUUUGGAUCUAUUACAUGUUAUGAAAUAUCUAUUUUCGUAGUCCGCCAUUUGUUUUUUUUAUUGGAAUAAAUACCAUUUUGUGAACUUCUGCAAAUAAAAUUUUGAUUUCGUAUUUUAUAUACUGGGCUUGUAGUAACCUUAAAUCAUAAAUCAUACUAAAAUUUACACGUUAAACGUCAUUACAGAAUUACAUUGUAGUGGUUAUGUAUUUUUAAAUAGAGCUAUUGGAUUUAAAUAAAUAUUUAUUAAUACAUUAUAAAGUGGUAGGCCUAAUGUAUUCAUGGAUUGCAUUAAAAGUUAGUCUAUGCAUAAAUACAACUUGUAAAUUUCUUUUUCGUAGGCUAUUAGUGUAGAACCCGGGUCAUCCUCUUAAUUUUGUUGAAUUAAUAUUAAUUUUACGUCUUUCAGUAGGCUUACUUUUUAAAAGUCUGGAGUUUUUUUCCAGGCUGAUUCUAUCUUAUCCAAAAACAAAGCUAUUGUCUAUUGUGUAGCUUAGUACUGGGGAACGGUGAACCGAGCAAUGGCUUGGUAUAGUUUAUAUCGUUUGUGAAAGCAAUAUAAAGGAAACCCAACACUCAAAUCAGGAAAAUCCGUCAAUUAGUUUAUUAAAAAUCGUGAAUUAAAAUAACCCUGUCACGUUUUAUUAUAUGAAUAUUAUAUCUUCUCCUAUUUUUUACUAGUGGUGCUUAGGUGUACAAUCUAAAAACUGUUUUAAAACAUGUAACAUUAUUGCUAAAAAAUUCAACACAUUUUAGAAUUAGGCAACUAUUUACUAGUAGGCCUACAAUGCUUUGGUUCAAACUAUUAGGCCUAGAUAAAAACUUAGUCUAUGUCAUCAUAUUUGUACACGUAAGUUGGACCGUUCAACGACGAACAUUUAAUUUAAAAUCUAUUAAUUAAUUAUGAAAGUUACGAUGGUUGAUGACUGUAUUAAUUAAUGGUUUUGGUUUAUUACGACAUUACAAUUAAAUCUGUUUUCCGUGUUUAAGAACUUGCGUGUAUUUUAGCUUAUUUUCGUAGAGGUUUAAUUAUUUAUUACCAAUUAAACUAAAUUUUGAGUAUUUUUCAUAUUCUAUUAUUUUCUUUUAUACUGAUGGCAUUUAUAUUUAAGAUCGAAAUCAUAAACAUUUAACUGGCCAUUGUACAGUUUAAUAAAAAACACUUUUUCCUACAGUCACCCGACAAAGUUGGCUUCCUUGUACUGUUUAUAGUACAGAAAGCUGCUAAUUGCUGCAUAUUUAUACUUUGCCGUACGGUUUAUACUUUGUCGUACGGUUUAUACUUUGCCGCACAUCAGGAUUCCAACUGAACAACACAAAACAGCGUGGUUCUAUUAUGCACGUAAUCCGUGUACGCUUGGAAAUAGGUUGGCAACACUUAAAGAUAAUAAUACUAUGAGCAGCUGAUUGACUAUUAUAACUACGAUUUAACCUGUCAUUUCGUGUUUAUAGUUUCGGUAUUUCUGAACAUUCUGGACUUUUCUUUUAAAUGUUUUUAAAACAUUCCUACGAUCUUAAUAAACAAGAAAAUACCUUUAAAGCAUUUUUUUAGGCGCGGAAACCACUUCAAAUUACAAAAACAUACGGAACUAUAUUCUCAAAACGCGGAGCACAUUUCUUGCCGAGGAAAAAUAGCGGAGUGAUACGGACCGCGGGUACUACUUUCUCUAGGGCACCAUUUGUGUUACCAGCUGAACCUAAAACCGUGUUGUAUAGUGUUUGAAAGACUAAUUAUUUAUAUGUUUUAUAGUGACUGUAGGAAAAAUAUAAUGUGUAACACGAGUGAAAAAGGCCUUUGCUGCACUCGAGAUCAUUCCGCACGAGCCGCAUUGCUCUCGUGUGCAGCAAAGUGCCACUUUCACCACUAGUUACACAAAUAACUAUUUCAUGAUUUUUUAAUUGUCUUUUCAUUACUUUGGGCUAGUUAUCUGUUAAAAGUGGAAUUGAUAACAAAAAAAAUAACAUUUACUGUAUCUUUAUAGACACUGACAUUUUGAAAUACGGCAGUGUACGAUUAUUUUGUCGUACAAGGUUGGCAACGCUCCGAGCAGUGGGCGCGGCCGGGUUAGCGACUUCCAGAGUUAGCGAAUUCCGCCGCGAGACAAAAUCGAGUUAGCGGGUUCCGGAGUUAGCCAAUUCCUGACUGAGACGGUUAGCCAGUUCCAGAGUUAGCCAGUUCCGCCACACGACCGAGUUAGCGAGUUCCUGAGUUAGCCAAUUCCUACGUCUCGUUUUAGAAACUAAUACAAACAAAUCACAAUCUACACAUGUAAGUGUUAUAUAAAACUAACAUUCAAAUUUAUAUAGAAACAUUAUUUUAAAUAUAAAUAAUUUUAAGAUUGCCCUAGAUGUAGAAUGUCUGUCACCUGUACAUUUAUUAUUAGGCAAUUUCGAUGUGGAGGUAUCUGUUUUCAAGCAUAGUAGUAACCCAAGUUUUAAAAUUUGUAACGGCAAAGCCAUUAUGUUCUGAUGACUUAUCGAUCAUUAUUGAAUAAGGGGCGGAUUUCAGGUUGAAGCAUGUUAAUCAUAGCUUAUUGUGCAUGAACUCAAAGUAAUUAGCAGGGCAUUAAACUCUUAUUAAAGUCGUGC